AUGAAGCACGCGCGGUUAAAAUACCUUGUAGGAAAUUCUCCCGAGUCUGGUUGGAAGCUAGGACGAGUUUGGACACCGAGGGUGCGAGGCAAAGAGGUGACUAGGGGCGAAGGGCAUAUGAUCUACCUAUGUGCGAAGAUGGCUGGGGGCCAAAGACCGAUUGGAAACCUGAAAGCUCUGAUCAAUAUGACUUCUUGCAACAUAAAAUUCUCAGAACCAGUGCGAGCGGGCAAGGCUGCUGGCCUGCCUUCUCCCGUUGUGGUUUUUGUGUGGUAG